AUGCAUAAACUAAAUGGAAAAUUACUUAUCUCUUCUUUGAACAUAAAUGGUCUACGUGAUAAACUUGCUAUUUUACUAAAAAUGAUGACAGAUGAGAAAAUUGAUAUAAUUACAAUACAUGAAACCCAUAGUCAGGGAAACACCUAUGCCACGUUUAACCAUUUCAUAUUGUAUGGUUCAGGCACUACUCUUAACAGCUGGUCUGGUGUUGGCUUCCUGAUAAACAAAAAAAUAUAUAAUUAUAUUGUUAAAUUUAUACCUAUCUCGGAAAGAUGUGGGCUUUUAUACGUUAACACCAAUUUCAGACCAACUAUUCUGGUGAAUAUAUAUGCACCUCCGAAGAGAAGAGAUAGAUUACAUUUUCUUGAUGACCUAGGAAAUAUUAUCAAUACCUUACCCAAAAGAUACAACAUUAUUUUGAUGGGUGAUCUAAACACUAGAAUUGGUUUGGAAGAAAGCUAUAUAAGAAGGGGGAUCAUCGGUAAUGCAUCUAUUGUUCAGCCAAAUUGCGAGGAUAGCAGGAAAAUACUGGAUCUAUGUAGUAGUAAAAACCUUACAAUUGAAAAUACCUUUUUCUCUCAUAGGGAGGUGGACACCUUUACCUUUAAAAGAGGGGGUUACAGAUCACAAAUUGACUUUUUCAUAUCGAAUGUUCAUUGGUGGUUUAAGGACGUAGUAGCCAUGAGGAGUAUUAACAUAUCAGACCAUAGAAUGAUCAAGGCCAAAAUAUGGAUUAGGAACCUAUGGAGAGUCUCAGCAGGACCCAGUUAUACCCCACACCAACCAACAAACGGUCUUAGAAGACAAAGUAUUAGGAACCUCCAAAUGCCCGAAAUUAGAGAUCUUUUUGAUCAGAAACUUCGAGAAAAGGUAACUAGGUUUGUAAAUAUAUCCAAAUUCAAUACUUUGGAGGAAUGCUGGAUGCUGUUUAAAGGUGACAUUCAUGAAGCAAGCAAAGUCUUAGUAACUAACAAUUCCUUGGCAAGGAAUGAAUGGAUAUCCACAAAUACCCUACAAAAAAUUGAGGAGCUUCGCUCUAGUAACUGCUUUGAUAGGGAACUUUGGAAAAUCAUUCAAAGAUCUCUAAGAAGCGACAGAAGAAUCUUUACUGCUAGGAAAGCAUAUGAGAUUGAUGUAGACAUGCGAGGAAACAGACUCUUUGACGCCUAUAACAAACUCAAGCAUUUUUGUAAAUCAAAAAUUUUUAGAGAGUUACCAUCCAUCCGGUUAGAUAAUAAUAAAGUUAUAUUCGACCAGGAUGAUCAAAUGGCACUCUGGACAGAUUACUACAUGAACAUCUUCGAAUCCAGGAAACCCGUGAGGUUGACAUGUGAACAAUAUACUUCUUCUCAAUCUACCUCCCAAUUUACACUUAAUGAAAUUACCACUGCUCUAAAGAAACUAAAAAACCACAAAGCUCCCGGGCUCAGAUAA